AUGUCCGAGUCUCCCAGAUCCGAGAGGUACACGUACCUGACUAGGUACAGCACCCCGGUACCCGAACUGGAUGAUCACCGCCUCCAGAUGCAGACGCCUCCACGCAUUGAGGCUCCGGUCGAGCGUUCUUGCAGCCCGCGCGAUACUACUCAAGGUCCUGAAAUGAUCGACCGUCCAGACUUGCUCAGUCCACAAGAUGCCCGAAGAGACGGUCCAAUUCCCCGAGACUUUGAAAAUUCCGCGGAAGACGAUCGUUCGCUGAAUGAGUUGAAUGGACUCGGUCGACGAUUCUCAAUCGACCAUAACGGCACCUACCAGACCCCUCGUCGCAUCAGCAUUGUGAACCCGGAUCUCGCUAACGCUUCUUGCGCCUCGUCCGUAUCCGCUCGAUCAUCCUCUCCUCCCAAUUCAGUUGAGGCUUUUGCCGACCCGCGUCGCCGUGAGCGCGCCAAUACCCUGGAUAGCCAUGCGCCUCCCGACCUAGAAGCCAUCCUGCACCGCACCGUUUCGGGUGGCACCCACAACCGGCGCCCAACUUUCAGCAACGCCAGUGUUAUUCGCCCUCAGUUGGGUGAUGUGCCAUUCGACACGGCAGAGGAGGCUUGCUUCGACGAGCCAGGCCGUAUUCCCGUCAUCGAUUACGAGGAACUCGAGGAGUUUGUGGCUCUGAAUCCGAGCACCAAAAUCGGCGAUGAUCGCCGCAAGCACAGCAUGAGCUCGCAGAGCAAGAGGCCCCGCGUCUUUUACGACCUCCGCCCUGGUGCCGAAAGCUCGGAGAUCGAUGCACUUAAAAAGACCGGCUCGUCUGAUUCACUGAGUGAAGAUGAAAAGAAGGACGCCGAGGCUACAAACGAAAAGGAGCGGGCUAAACCACUCCAGAAUACAAACCAGCGCUCUCGCUUUGGAUUCUUUUCGUCCGAGUCUCAAAGCACAGUGCAUGCUGCUGAUUUGGGAGAUCUGGUACUCCCUGGCGAAACCUUCCGAGACCUUUUCGAGCUUGGACCUGAGGGAGGUGUGUGGUGGUUGGAUGUGGUCAACCCCACCGACGAAGAAUUGGGAGCUAUCUCCCGGGCUUUCUCUAUUCACCCGCUGACAACGGAGGAUAUUCAAACCCAGGAAGCCCGCGAGAAGGUCGAACUGUUCAAACAGUACUACUUUGUCUGUUUCCGGACCUUCUUCCAAAUGGACAAAACCAGCGAGGAAUUCCUCGAGCCUGUCAAUUUCUACAUGGUUGUCUUCCGUGACGGUGUUCUCACUUUCUCCUUUGAGGAGAACCCUCACGCACACAAUGUUCGGAAACGUAUUGGAAAGCUACGAGACUAUGUGUCUCUCAGCAGUGACUGGAUAUGUUACGCGAUGAUCGACGACAUCGUAGAUAGCUUCGGCCCUGUGAUUCGAGAUGUGGAAUUGGAGUCCGAGGCGAUCGAAGACCAUGUAUUCAUUGCCCGAGUCGACGAUUUUGAAUCAUUCCUCCCUCGCAUUGGAGGCCUGCGCAAGAAGGUCAUGAGCUUGAUGCGUCUGCUAGGCGGCAAGGCCGAUGUCAUUCGUGGGUUCUCCAAGCGCUGUAACGAGCAAUACUCGGUUACUCCCCGUGGUGAUAUUGGUCUUUACCUGGGUGAUAUCCAGGAUCACGUCGUGACCAUGAUGUCGAACUUGGCGCAUUUCGAAAAAAUGCUCAGCCGGUCUCAUACCAAUUACUUGGCUCAGCUGAAUGUUACCAACUUGGUGUUGGGAAACCACGUCAACAAGGUCCUCAGCAAAGUCACUCUGAUUGCCACAAUUCUCGUCCCCAUGAAUCUGAUCUGUGGUCUGUUCGGUAUGAACGUAGAAGUUCCCGGCGCUCACACAGAAGGAUUGGCGUGGUGGUUCGGGAUUCUUGGGGUGAUGGGGGGUAUUGUUGUUGUGAGCAUUGCCAUAGCUCGCUGGCAGAGGCUGGUUUGA